CGGCGAGGAUAAAGCAAGAUGGCGUCUGACCGUGAAGACGUUAUUGCAGUCGUCACAGUUCAGUGUUCUUAAUCUGUGCGUCCAUAUACACAUAUAUGUCCUUUAUUACACUCCAUUAAAUAGAGUAAUAAUGACUGUUUGUAUAUUAGUCUGAGUGCACUUUGAUGCUUCUCCAGCUAGCUUAGCUCUCUAGUUAGCUUAGCUUGUUAGCUGCUAACAAAGAGAGGCGGAAGUGGUGAAAACACAUCGCUAAGCAGAGAUCAAGUGUGACUGUAAAGUGUUGUGAUUGUGUGAAAAUGUGCGAAAGAACCAUAGCAGAGUACGAGGAGGAACUUUGUCCAACAAAAGAGGAGAAGGAGCGACAACAUCAAGUUGUGUUACACACAACAGCCAUUAACCUACUACAACACCUACUCAGUGGCCUAGUGGUUAGAGUGUCCGCCCUGAGAUGGACAUCCAUCAGCUGAUUGGACACCAAGAAGAAUGUCUCCCUCAUCUGCAGGGGGACAGUUUCACUUUAGAGGAUCCACAGCCCUCACAUUUUAAAGGGGACGAGGAGGAUCCACAGCCCCAUUUUUUUAAAGAGGAAGAUGAGGGAGAGUGUCCUGUAGGGCAGGAGGAGGAUGAUGUCAUGACUGUUGUCUCUGUGAGGAUUGAAGAGCAUGAAGACAAAGCACGUGAGUCCUCACAGCUUCAUCACAGUCCAAACGUCUGGGAAGAACAUCUUCACCCUGAGCAACAGCAGUGGAACUUCAGGAUGCGGACGGAGGAGCCACAGCCCUCCCACAUUAAGAAGGAAGAGGAAUACCCACUGAUCCCCCAUUUUAAAAAGGAAGAGGAGGACCCACUGACACCCCAUUUUAAAGAGGAAGAGGAGUACCCACUGAGCCCUCACAUUAAAGAGGAAGAGGAGGAACACAGCAUCAGUCAGCAUGUUGAAGGAGUGGAGGAGGUUGAUGUCACCAAGAUGCCAGUGACUGGUGUCCCUGUGAAGAGUGAUGUCACCAAGAUGCCAGUGACUGGUGUCCCUGUGAAGAGUGAUGUCACCAAGAUGCCAGUGACUGGUGUCCCUGUGAAGAGUGAUGUCACCAAGAUGCCAGUGACUGGUGUCCCUGUGAAGAGUGAUGUCACCAAGAUGCCAGUGACUGGUGUCCCUGUGAAGAGUGAUGUCACCAAGAUGCCAGUGACUGGUGUCCCUGUGAAGAGUGAUGUUACCAAGAUGCCAGUGACUGGUGUCCCUGUGAAGAGUGAUGUUACCAAGAUGCCAGUGACUGGUGUCCCUGUGAAGAGUGAAGGUGAUGAGGUCAAAGGUGAGAGUGAGGAGAAGAGAAGCAGCAGAUCAACACACCACAUGACAACAGAAGCUGAUGGAGACCACUGUGGAGCAGACAAGAUGUUAGCUCCACUAUCAGAUAGUGAGGACACAAGGUCACACUCUCCUGACACUGAUGAUGAACACUCUAAAGAUGAUGCAACAUGUCACACUGACAACACACACUUCACAUGUUCUCUCUGUCACACAACUUUUAAACACCAUUGUCGUCUAAAAGUACACAUGAGAAGACACACUGGAGAAAAACCUUUUUCCUGCUCAGAAUGUGGUAAAAGUUUUGUAAUGAAUCAACAUUUCAAAGCACACAUGAGAACACACACUGGAGAAAAACCUUUUUCCUGUUCAAUCUGCGGUAAAGAUUUUACUCAAAGGCCCAAUUUCAAAGCACACCUAAGAAGACACACUGGAGAAAAACCUUUUUCCUGCUCAGAAUGUGGUAAAAGUUUUGUAAUAAAUGGAAAUUUAAAAGUUCACAUGAGAACACACACUGGUGAAAAACCUUUUUCCUGCUCAGAAUGUGGUAAAAGUUUUGUAAUAAAUGAAAAUUUAAAAGUUCACAUGACAACACACACUGGUGAAAAACCUUUUUCCUGCUCAGAAUGUGGUAAAAGUUUCGUACUAAAUAAAAUUUUAAAAGCACACAUGAGAAGACACACUGGAGAAAAACCUUUUUCCUGCUCAGAAUGUGGUAAAAGUUUUGUAACAAAUGACAAUUUAAAAGCACACAUGAGAAGACACACUGGGGAAAAACCUUUUUCCUGCUCAGAAUGUGGUAAAAGUUUUGUUACAAAUGAAAAUGUAAAAGCACACAUGAGAACACACACUGGGGAAAAACCUUUUUCCUGUUCAACCUGUGGUAAAGGUUUUACACAAAGUCAUUAUGUAAAAGGACACAUGAGAAGACACACUGGGCAAAAAUCACAUUUGUGUUCAAUGUGCAACAGAAGCUUUUAUGAACGAUCAACACUUGUAAGACACAUGAGAACACACACUGGUGAGAAAGUGUUGAGUUGCAGUGUGUGUGCUGAAAGAUUCUCUUAUAAGUACCAGAGUAAGAAACACAAGUGUGCUGGUGAGAGCAAAUGAAGAUGCAGGAUUUGAAAUCAACUUGAACUUUGACUUUCUAACAACAUCAGCACAUAUAACAUGUGUGACAUCAUUGUUGUGUGUGUAACACAAUCUUGUUAAUAUGAUUGUAACAUUUAUAGAUGAGACACUUCAGAUUAGUGCUUUUAUUUCAGUCAAGUACAUGAGUUAAUAUACACAUUUGUGUACUUUAAAAUGAACACAACAAUUGGACUGAAAAGGUGACAAUAAACACUACAUCAAAUAUGUUACACACAAUAAACAUUUUAUGUGUAGAUAUUCAAUAUUCACUUUUAUACUUAUUCAUAAUAGUGUUUUAUAUAUGUUUUUUGAAAUAAUGAAGUGUUACAUAUUUUAUUUUCUAAUUGUAGAUGAUUCCAUGGAUGAACUCCUUUAUAUGAUGUACAUAUUUGUUUUACAUGUGUUCAUACCUUUGCUUUUGAGUACUCAUAAAUCCCUCUUAGUUCAUAUUUACUGGUUCACAUCUGAAACAUCUUCUGGAAGCAUAUUAUUAUUUACUUUAUAUAUCAUUUGAGCAGUUGUCUUUUAUACAAUUUUAAAAUGUGUGACUUUAUGAAUCAUUAGUUGGGUCUCUAUAAUCCAUUCUAUUAAUUGUCUUUAUUACUCUCUUGUGUAAUAUGAAUAUUGUUGUGUGAUUGUUUUAUAUGUAUGUCCCCAGACCUUUAUGCAAUAAACUGAAGUUGGGUACAAUAAUUGUAGUUAAUAUUUGUAAGUAUGUAUUUUAUUCUAUUCUAUUUUUUUGCACUCAAAUAAAAAAAAAU